AUUCCAACGUCAGAUUCUUUUCUUCCUUACGAAGCUCAAGUCCCAUUAGUCCGUAGCUGUAUGGUGCAGAUCGAUAUACAGCUUCAUCCCGGGCUAUCACAUAGCCCAAUCGAAGGCAAUCAUGAGCUUACACCUACCGGCAAGGCGGAUAGCCGCCACCGCAUCACGAGCGGCGGCCGGCAGACCGUGUCCGCACUUACAAUACCUGCUUCCCCAGGCCCAGCGGCGCACCUUCAAAUGGGGACUCAGCCCGAAGCUCGUAUCGGAUGAGGUGAAAAAGGCCAGGCUCUCGGCCGCAGAGCGUGAGCAGCGUAUGCUCAGGCGGAACGUGGACCGGACGCAAGGAGCCUCCAUCUUCGACGAGGAGCUGCAAGCCCAGGAGAAGGCCGCCGACGCCGAGAAGAAGGAAGGGUCGGCGGCGGGGGGAGGAGGACCGCCCAAGAAGUGGCCGGGCGUGGCCCCCGAAGGGGUGAGCCUGGCGAAGGAGCACAUGCAGCGGGCGCUGGACCCGGACCCGCGGUGGCGCGUGCGCUUCCUCAAGAAGAAGAUCCGGCAGAUGGUGCGCGACGCGGACAAGCCUUUGACGAAGGCGCAGCGCAUCCAGCUCACGGAGAAGGAGCACGCGAGCCAGAGCCCCGUGCUGCCGACGAGCACGAAGAAGCUCAUGUUCCUGUCGCGGCAGAUCGCCGGCAAGACGGUCGACGAGGCCAUCACGCAGAUGCGCUUCAGCAAGAAGAAGAUGGCGCGCGAGGUCAAGUGGGAGCUCGAGCUCGCCCGCGACGCCGCCAUCGCCCAGCGCGGCAUGGGCCUCGGCGCCGCCGACGGCAAGGUCUUCGACAAGCCGCGCCAGAUCCAGACCAAGGACGGCAAGUGGAUCGAGGUCAAGGAUCCGACCACCCUGUACGUCGACCAGUCCUGGGUCGGCAAGCGCCCCUGGCUAGGUCAGAGGAUCCACCACAUGGCCCGCGGCCGCAUGAGCAUGAUGUGGAAGCCGUCUGCUUCCAUAUUUCUCAUCCUAAAGGAAGAAAAGACGCGGAUACGGCAGCACGACGACAGGGUAGAAAAGCAAGCCAAGAAGGCCCCUUGGGUACAUCUGCCGAACCGGCCUGUGACGGCACAGAGGCAGUACUACAGCUGGUGAUCUGUAAGCAGCCUAGGUACCUAGUUUAGGGGAUACGAGAAAGGGCAUGUUGCAUAUUGAACAUGUUUGUAGGAGAUAUAGUAUCGGCUCGGCUUGGCUCGACUCGAUAUGUGUACCAUACAAUUAACAAACAACUCCAUCAUGAGACGAUAUGACAAGUCUCAGUGUGAUGGAAAUCAAGAAUAUCAAGAAAACUUCAUGGGACGAACUUCAUGGCUUAGGUGCCAAGACCCUUGGUCUAACUUCUCAUCUAAUCCAGAUAAUUCCAACCAGUGAGCUAUCGGAAUGUAAUAAUCAAGACUUUAGAUAAGAAUCACGCAACAACAAAUCAUUAGAAGCAAGCCUUGCCAUCUUAGGCCGGUCUGUAAU